GCGGGGGGCAGGGCUCGGCGGGCGGUAGGGGAAGGGGGGCGAGAGGGGCGAGGGGCGGCGGCGGCGGCGGGGCUCGGCCGGGGAGCGCCGCUGCCGCCGCGGUGGAUGUGUCCGCCUGGCUGGCUGCGUGAUCCCGCGGGGAGGAGGAGCUGGAAGCGGCGGGGGCAGGCAGCGGGGCUCCGAGCCGCGUGCGGCAGCGAGGCGGCUCCCUGCGCCUGCCCGGCGGGGGCUCCCGGGCACCGAGCGCCCGCGUCCCCCGCGGCUCGGGGCGGCGGCGGCAGCGGCAGCGGCAGCGGGGCGGGCGUGCGGGUGCGCGAGUGCUGAGUGCGUGCGGUUUUCGGGGGGUGGGGGUUGUGCCUGAACCGGCUGGGAAGAAUGACUCUGGAGUCCAUCAUGGCGUGCUGCCUGAGCGAGGAAGCCAAGGAAGCCCGGCGGAUCAACGACGAGAUCGAGCGGCAGCUGCGCCGGGACAAGCGGGACGCCCGCCGGGAGCUGAAGCUGCUGCUGCUGGGCACAGGAGAGAGUGGCAAAAGCACAUUUAUCAAGCAGAUGAGAAUCAUUCAUGGAUCAGGUUACUCUGAUGAAGACAAAAGGGGCUUUACAAAACUGGUGUACCAGAAUAUCUUCACAGCAAUGCAGGCCAUGAUCAGAGCCAUGGAUACCCUCAAGAUCCCGUACAAGUAUGAACAUAACAAGGCUCAUGCACAGUUAGUUCGAGAAGUCGAUGUAGAAAAGGUGUCAACUUUUGAGAACCCGUAUGUAGAUGCAAUAAGAAGCUUAUGGAAUGACCCUGGAAUCCAGGAAUGUUAUGACAGACGACGGGAGUAUCAAUUAUCAGAUUCAACUAAAUACUAUCUUAAUGACUUGGACCGCAUAGCAGAUUCCACCUAUCUGCCAACUCAGCAAGAUGUGCUUAGAGUUCGAGUCCCAACAACAGGAAUCAUUGAAUAUCCAUUCGACCUACAAAGCGUCAUUUUCAGAAUGGUGGAUGUAGGAGGCCAACGAUCAGAAAGAAGAAAAUGGAUACAUUGCUUUGAAAACGUCACAUCUAUCAUGUUCCUAGUAGCUCUUAGUGAAUAUGAUCAAGUGCUUGUGGAGUCAGACAAUGAGAAUCGAAUGGAAGAAAGCAAAGCGCUCUUUCGGACAAUUAUCACAUAUCCAUGGUUCCAAAACUCUUCAGUUAUUCUGUUCUUAAACAAAAAAGAUCUCUUAGAGGAGAAAAUUAUGUACUCCCAUCUAGUUGAUUAUUUUCCAGAGUAUGAUGGACCACAGCGGGAUGCACAAGCAGCACGAGAGUUCAUCCUGAAGAUGUUCGUAGACCUGAAUCCAGACAGUGACAAAAUUAUCUACUCCCACUUCACAUGCGCUACAGACACAGAGAAUAUCCGCUUCGUCUUUGCUGCUGUCAAGGACACGAUCCUUCAGUUAAACCUGAAGGAGUACAACCUGGUCUAACUGUGCCUACAAGGCCCUCCAAAACCAACUUUGCGUGAUUGAAGAUACACAAGAGGGACUGUAUUAUCUGUGAAAACAAUUUGCAUAAUACUAAUUUAUUGUUGGCCUGGACUCUGUGAAUGUCCACAGAGUUUGUAGUUAAUAUUAUGAUUUUAUUUAAACUAUAUGGAGGAAAACCAAAAGAUGCUGAAGUACAUUCACAGCACAUUUCCUCAUUUUUUAGGCAAAACCUUGUGACUCAAUGUGUUUUAAAUUCUCAGUCAUACACUUACAAAGGAUAGCAGAUUUUUGCUAUUGAAGCAAAAUCAAGCUGAUUUCCUGUUUCCCUGACCCUCUCUCUCCCCCUCCUUUGCCUUCUCCCUUAUCUUUUUAAAGGUACAAUGGCCUUUUUUUCCCAGUUACGUUCCUGGGUAAAAUAUUUUCUGUUGAGUGAUUUGGUCAGGAAAAUGCUAUCAGCAGAAUUUAAGUCAUCAGUCCAUUCUAAUUUUACAGUAUGUACUUUCUCUGAAGGAUCAAAAAUAUUGAUACUGUGAUUUUUAAAUUCUUGACAUGGGUGUUUUCGUUCUGUCUUCGCUUUUGGGACUACAAUAUUGGAAUUUCAAAAAUGAAUUAUAGUUGUGUAUGGAUACUAAAUUUAAUCAUUUUCACAUUUUGGAAAGGUGCACAGAAGACAGUAAUGAAAUAAUUAAGACACAACCUAGGAUAUACAUGGAAUAUGGUAGAAUCUCUUUUUAAUUGCCAUGUGCCAUUUUUUCUCUCUUUUAUUCACAAAUGCCAAACAAAAAUGUCAUAGACACUACAUUUUCCCCAGUGGCUACAGCCUGAGACAGUGUUUUUGUUUCUUUUUUCUUUCUUCAGUUGUGUGUUUUUUCUUAAGUUAGAGCAUUUUAAUUUUUUUUCCACGGUAGAAAAAUUAUUUUUAUUGUAUAAAAUUAAUGUUGCCAAAUCUGGCUUUUUAUAAAAUCAAUACUCUUGAAACAUAAGAUACCAAUUGAAAUGCCAAACUGAUCAGUUGGGAACUGACCUGAUAGAGUCAACUGCCAAACAAACAGUUUCAGCUCCUUGUUCCCUUUUUUGGAAAUUGUUCCAUUUUCAAAUGCCAAAAACAACAGUGUGAGUGAAUACGCUACAAGGUGCACCAUGCACAUGCAUAUGGUCUACUAUUGUAAAGACAGUUUAAAUCUCUCUUUAUGUCAGGUAUGGCAUAAGAUUGGUUUCUGUAAUAAUAUCAAGGCACAUUCAGUUGUACAACAAGAAGUUAUUGAUGAGAGAUCACAACAGGGAACCUUUCCUGAUAAGGUUGCUUGUUAACUGAUUCACAGACGUUUGAUAGGCUUUCAUCAAAAUAGCCUCUCUUGAUGUUCUUUAGAAAAAGAUUUAUUAAUGUAAAUGAAACAGUGAGAAUAUCAUUCUUGAAAUUUUAAUGUGCAAUUUUUUAACAACAAAAAUGCAGCACACGUUGAUGAGCCUUUAUUCUGCAGCUUAAGUUGAAAGGUGUUUUUUGACCAGGUGCAUGAUUGCUAGCAAGCUACAGAAGACUCAGAGGUCAGACAUGUAAUUAAAUUGAUUAUCUGCAAUGCCAAGUAGCACUGGAGUGCACUUAACACAGAAAUUGCUGCCUUACAGCAGCAUAUGGGAGGUGGAAAAAAGAAUGGCUUAUUAGUUGAUUACCAAAGUUAACAAUAAAUACUAAUGAGACGUUUUUCAUCUUUAACCCUCCCAACUCCAAAACAAAAAUAGUAAGAACAGUUGCUGUUUUUUGCUCCCUCAUAAAACACCUUGUAAUUUAAAACUGGUUGUAGGUAUAGUGCAAUUAUGAAUGCUAUAAUCAUUGUACAUACAUCUAUAUAUAUAUAUGGCAGCAUCCAUAUUGGCUUUGUAAUCAUUAAUUUUUGGCAAAUUGAAUGUGCUGUAUUGAUAUGUAUCUAUGUAAUUGUAUUGUAUGUCUUAUAGCUAAUUCACAUUUUAAAUAAUGUUAUUUUAUUUACUUUUUUAAGAGAGAAGAAUGUAAAUUUUGUCAGUUUAUUUCUGACUAGGGAUUUGUUGUUGUUUUUUAUUUACAAAACAAAAAAAAAUACUAUAGUACAGAGUGGUACUAGCAUCGUGCUGUAUAAAAUCAUUUGCACAUUCCUGAGUAGAAGUAAAUUGGAGACACCCAGACAGAGGCCAUUCAUAUUUGAAACUGCUUAAAGCUUGUCAGGGCUUUAUACAGAUUUAGAAACCAGUUUUAUUAGAAGAACUUAAGCCGUUAUAUAUAGGAUUGGAACAUAAGCUCUUAAAUACAAAUUUAAUUUAUUUUUGGCAGAUUUUCAUUAGAUUACUUUUACCUUUCCAAGAUACUUUUAUUAGAAAAGUGAAUUUAGAGAUGAUUGAAGCCAUUGCACAUAAAUAAGAGUGGGUACAUGCUGUUUCCCUGAAAAAAAAAAAAGUAAAAAAAUAAAAAGGAACAUCAGAUCAAUUAUACAGUAUUUCAGAAAUUCCAGAAACUUUAAAUAUAACAACAACAACCAAAAAGUCACUAUUGUUAAGAAUUAUAAGGUGUUAAAGCAUUUUAAUUAAUACAGCUAAAGCAGAUAGACGUAGGUUAUAAAAAAUGACACUGACAUUUUAAAUAGGUGAUCAGAACAGUUAGUCUUAUAUACGGCAUUACAAAAUUCGUCCUGGUCUUGCUAUAAAUGCAACAGAGCUUCUUAUUUUACAGUUCCACUGUUGAUAAUAUCCCGUCUUUUAACCUGGGGAUACAUUGGCCAUGCUGGUGUCAGCGAUAUAAAUAAAACUGUAGCCAGAAAAAAAGAAAAAAGCCAGUGGUGUCUAACAAAGGUAUGGUUUGGCGGAGCUUCUUUUUGUUUUGUUUUGAUUUUUGUUAGGGGAUAUUGGGUGUGGGAGAAGGAAAUGUGGUUCUACGUUUUGUAUAAAAACAAAAGUUUACUCAUGCUUUAUAGUUAUAUUGUGAUUGCAAAAGUUUUCAAGAGUGUGUGCCACUGGGCUACUUCUGGUAUAUUUUAGGUAAGUUGAACCUGUGGCAGUGUUUAGAUCAUUUGAGCAUGUUCUGAAAAAAAAAAAAAAAAGAAAAAAAAAAAAAAAUCAGCAUGCCAAGGCAAGCUUUACAUGAAUCACCUAACACAGCAUUGCAGUGUGACAGUUUACAGAAACAUUUCCUUUUUAAAUGACACAGCUGUUCCCACUUGCAAUAUAUUCCGUUGUUGUUGUUGUGUUGUUGUCGUUGCUGUUGUUUUAAUUGGUGGUUUCUACUAUGCCUUAUAGUGCUUGAGUCUAGAAGUUUGUGCCUCUAACAUGAAGCUGAAGGCAAAAAUAAGACCGAAACCCUUUUAACUUUGCCAAAAUUAUGUGAUUUAUUUGAAUGUCAUAAACGGGGGAGGAGGGAAGGAAAACGUCAUGGGAACCUGUGUAUUCUAGAUGUUCGCUAGCACAAGAAAGCUGUAAUACGUGUUUUACAGAAACCUUAAACUUGCCUUUUUCACAAAUUAACUGGCACUGUCCUUACAUAUAUAGGAUGAUGCAGCUAUAAGGGCAGUUUACUUUUUAUAAUUCAGACUCUUUUGAUUGUCAAGGUGUAUGAACUGUAAUUUUUAAUCAUACUGCCACAUGAUUGUGAAUCACUUUUUUAAGUUUGAACGUGGAGGAGACUUUUUAUGCUGGAUAUCAGUCAGACUUGACUGCAUGAUUUGCAAAAACUUUAAAUAGGGGGAAAAGGGCUGCAUAUAAAGACGUUGCUAGACUCCCAGCCUUUGGUUGUAAGGUGCAAAAGACUUUCAGAUUACUCAACCGAAUAACUCUUGCCUUGCUACACAUUCUUCACAAAAGAAUGAAGUAUUAGGAGAAAACAAAGACAUGCUAACCCACAUGAAAAAAAAAAAAAAAUUAAAUUACCCAAAUAAUUUAUUAUACGUGCUGCUGUUGUUGGAGCUCUGUGCAUGGUUAUCCUGCAUACUAUUGCUUUAGUAAAUUAAUGAAGUGUGCACAGCAUAUUAACAAGGCCUACAAAUGACCUACCUCUAGUUAGGAGACCAGUAAAGUCAGUGCGUUUUGGAGAACCAUCAUAACACAGGAAGUUAAAUGGCCUGGUGUAGGUAGUCAACUACUGUAAUUUAGAAAUUCACACUUCUGUAAAUACAGUCCCUCUUUUGACAUAAACCAUACAUUCUAAAAUUUAGUAUGCAUUAAACCACUGAAGCCAUCUGUCUCUGCCUAAUUUGUUAGGUCAGUAGAGAUCUUGCAAGACCAUGUUUUGUUUUGAAGAGUUACUGAUAUUUCCUCUUUUUUGACUUGUAUUUACCCAUAACAUUUUGAGUUGUAUCAAUCAAAACAGAAACAUCUCCAUGUAAUCAAUAAUCCAGUCAUUAUUUAGCUAGUUAAAGGGAUUUUACUGUAAGUUUCACUUGAGCUUUUUCACAGUAGCCAUGCUGCAGGGGGAAAAAAGGAAUAAAGGGGGAUUUUGAAGACAGUGUAAAAAAAUACAAGAUCAAGUAAACCAGAUCAAUCUUACUGUAAAGCUGUGUUUUUGUUUUUGUUUUUGUUUUUCUCAAAAUACAGUCUAAGCUGAA